AUGCUGUUAGCUAGCUCCCUGUGGCUCCUGCCUGUCUGUCUUCUGUUCUGGUUUUGUGAUGCCAAGGGGCUGGUGUAUGUGGACCCUGACUCAGAAUCAACACCACUACCUGUGGUGAUCUGGAUUGAUGUUGAGAUCUUCGUAAUCAUGGUUUCCAUGACAACCUCUAAGGAAACACCAAAAUCUGGAACUGAUGUCGAGUCUCUACAGCAUGGGAAUAAUACGAUGAAGGAUGUAGAGAACCAAGUCCUGGAUGCUUGCUCCCAACUGUGUCAGAGUCUUGCUCAGGAUCCUAAAUUGCAGCAUGGCUACAUUAUUGUUGCAUACUUCAGUGGAUGCCAGCUCCUGUAA